ACUGGCCGGGAGAGUGGGUGGGGAAGGAGGACUUGGGGGAAGGGGGGGCGGGAGUGACAGGUGGCCCCAGCGCCCUUCUGGGGAUCUGACAGCUACCAUAAUUUUGAAGUAGUAAUGAGCAUAAACUGUAUUUCAAGAUAUAGGCAACCCCUGUAAUAAAAGAAAACAUCUGCAGUUUCUUUUGGCGACAAUCAUAGGUAUUGCUAAUGCUGCUGUGGUUUUUGUCAACACGUACAAUUGAAAAAAAUGUUAAAUUUCAGUUAGAGAUUGGUGAAAGUAGAGAUGUGAUUUUUUUUUUUUCCCAUUCAAGUUCACACCUUAGGGUAAGAUACCCCCCUGAUAGUGGGAAGGACAGUGCCCAAGGUCAGGUGACAUAGCUGUGGUCUUGACACUUCCAUUGACUAGCAGCAUGACCUUGGCUUUGAACUUCUUUGCACCUUAGAUUCUUCACUGCUCAGUGGGGAUAAUCAUGUCUUCCCGCGUGUUUAGAGUACCCAGCACUGUACCUGACACAGAGAUGUGAAUGGUUACAUUUGUUAGAACUUGUGUGUCUUCCUCACUGGACUACAAGUUUAUGGCCGUCACCAUUGGUAUCACCAGUCCUGGUACAUGGAAGCCUGAAGAUGACCCCAUUGACCACUGCGGUGUCUGGCCCCCGGGCCCGGCUCUUUGCCUGCUUCCUCAGGCUGGGUACUCAGCAGGCUGGCCCACUUCGGCUGCACACAGGGGCCAGCCUUGCAGCCAAGAACUACUAUGAAGUGCUGGUACUGGGUGGGGGCAGUGGCGGGAUCACCAUGGCUGCCCGCAUGAAGAGGAGAGUGGGUGCAGAGAACGUGGCCGUUGUCGAGCCCAGUGAGAGACAUUUCUACCAGCCAAUCUGGACGCUGGUGGGUGCAGGUGCCAAACAAUUAUCCUCGUCAGGCCGUCCCACCGCGAGUGUGAUACCAUCUGGAGUAGAAUGGAUCAAAGCCAGAGUGAUUGAGCUGAACCCAGACAAGAACUGCAUCCACACAGACAAUGGCAAGGAGAUCUCCUACAAAUAUCUUAUUAUUGCUCUUGGAAUCCAGCUGGACUAUGAGAAGAUUAAAGGCUUACCUGAAGGUUUUGAGCAUCCCAAAAUUGGGUCCAAUUAUUCGGUGAAGACAGUAGAGAAGACAUGGAAAGCUUUGCAGGACUUCAAGGAGGGCAAUGCCAUCUUCACCUUCCCGAAUACCCCUGUAAAGUGUGCUGGGGCCCCCCAGAAGAUCAUGUAUUUGUCAGAAGCCUAUUUCAGGAAGACGGGGAAGCGAUCCAAGGCCAAUAUCAUCUUCAACACUUCCCUCGGAGCAAUUUUUGGGGUUAAGAAGUACGCUGCUGCCCUGCAGGAGAUCAUCCAGGAGAGGGACCUCACUGUUAACUACAAGCAAAACCUCAUCGAAGUCCGAGCCGAUAGACAAGAGGCCGUUUUUGAGAAUCUGGACAAACCUGGAGAGACCCAAGUGAUUUCAUAUGAAAUGCUUCACGUGACCCCACCAAUGAGCCCGCCAGAUGUCCUCAAGACAAGUCCCGUGGCUGACGCUGCUGGUUGGGUGGAUGUGGAUAAAGAAACUCUGCAGCACAAGAAAUACCCAAAUGUGUUUGGGAUUGGGGACUGCACUAACCUUCCCACAUCAAAGACCGCUGCUGCAGUAGCUGCCCAGUCAGGAAUACUGGACAGAACAAUUUCUCUGGUUAUGAAGAAUCAAACACCAACAAAGAAGUAUGAUGGCUACACUUCGUGUCCACUGGUGACUGGCUACAACCGUGUGAUUCUUGCGGAGUUUGACUACAAUGCUCAGCCGCUGGAAACCUUCCCCUUUGACCAGAGCAAAGAGCGACUUUCCAUGUACCUCAUGAAGGCCGACCUGAUGCCUUUCCUGUAUUGGAACAUGAUGCUAAGGGGUUAUUGGGGAGGACCAGCCAUUCUGCGGAAGUUGUUCCAUCUGGGUAUGAGUUAAGGAUGGCUCAACCCUUGCUCUCCUCGGAUGGCUUCUGAACCCGAAUCAUAGUCGUUGAUUGACCAAGAGCAGCAUGAAGAAGUUAAAACCUAACACUGUGCAAAGAGUUUACUGCUGGGUGAUGGUGACCAAAUGCCUCCUUUUUCAGUGCCUCUGGACAGCUACUAUGUGAUAUGCCCAGGAUGAGUUUGAUUCUUCAGAAAUAUUCAAAUGAAAGAUUAGAUUUCUAUUUUUUAAAUAAAAGCUUGCCAUUGAUUGAGAUUCUAUGAGACAAUUUUAUCUUGACUGGUAGAAUGAAAAGUUACAGCAGUUGGGAGCGAAAGUUGCUGGCGGGAGCUUACCUGUUACCUACUGUGAGUGUUCUAUUGAUGGCUGAUGCAUUUUCGCCAGACCCUGUUUGGAUUUGCACAAAGUCACUCCAGGGAGAGUAUUAUUUCAAGUGGUGUGUGUGUGAGAGCCCUGAACAUGUGAUGCUUAGAAUUCCUCAGCAGGGGCAUAGGGGUUGUUGCCCUCUCCUCGGCCGCCAUGUUUGUGCUGAGGCCAUACCUCCUCCUGGUUAAUGACUGAUGUGAUGCUGGCACAUUCCUGUAGAAUGUGGGACUCUUCUACUUGGCAGCUGGCUCCAAGUUAUUCCCCAUCAACGUGGCUGAAGCUUUCUUAGAACUGUGUCAUCAGAGAUUCUCUUUCCCUGACCCUCCUACCUACCCCGCUUCCUCUCCCAGGUGUCCUGCCUACAUCAUGGUCUGAAAGCCCUCCAUGCUUCUCCUGUUCUGUUCCUUUUUCUUUAGACUUUGCAGACCUUUGCCCCACUGAACCUCUUGCAAAUCUUACUCUCUUACGGCACCUGCUUCUCAGGGAACUUAUGCACAGUGAGGAUGGGGCUAGAGGAAUUCUGAUGUGUGUGAUGAGCAUUUGCUUGAUUCAGUCCCAAAUUUGGCCAGUAAAAUUUUGAAUGAGUUCACAUUGGAAAUAUUGCAGGAAGUAGUUCAUUUGUUUGAAGUUCAGCAGUGGCUUCAAAAUCAUUUGUUUCCAAUUGGUUUACUUGUGGAAACUUAGUUUCAGUUCAGUCUGGUAUUUAUUUUCAUUUCAUUUCAUUUCAUUUCAUUUCAUUUCAUUCAUUUCAUUUUUUAAAUGUUUACUUAUUUUUGAGAGAGAGAGAGAGAGAGAGAGAGAAACAGAGAGAAAGGGGGACAGAAAAUCCAAACCAAGCUCUGUGCUAACAGCAGAGGGUCCAAUGCGAGGCUUGAACUCACGGACUGUGAGAUCAUGACCUGAGCUGAAGUCAGAGGCUUAAACAACUAAGCCACCCAGGCACCCCCAGUCUGGUAUUUUAAAGCUUUGUACAUUUUAUAUUUAUUUAUAAACUCCACCAAAAGGAAAUUCAUAGCAGUCUAUGCAAAACCUUAGAUUUUUACAACAGUUCAGAGUUCAAACCUAAACAGCUACCUACUUUAGGCAACAGUGUUAUCUGGGAUUACCAAGUCUCUCUGGUUUCCUGGAGUUCUGCUGAUGACUUGAGAAACUGCUCAGCUAUUCGUGAAUUAACCCAACAAGUAUUUACUGAGCAUCUACUACCUGCCGAGCACUAUUUUGGCCCAGGGGAUGCAGUGGUGAACCAGACAGAGAGGGCUCUGCCCACACUUUUGUGGUUCAUGUGAUAGUUCCCUCUUCUCUUGUGGGAUGCCAGGGGGUUGCUGAAUGAGGCCUUGGUUGAUUUGGAAAGUAGACUUUCCUCAGUGGCACAAGUUCUGAAGAAAGAGAACAGGGUGCCACUCCCUCAGCAGAGCCCGGGCAAUAGGAGUGGAAGAUGUUUUCUGUGGUAGCCACACAUCUGGUUUGUCUGCAAUAUUCCUAUUUAACAUCCGUUAUCUUGCCAGUGCCCCUUUCAUUCCAAAAUGUCCUGUCUGGACAAUAUAUUGACCAUGCUCCUGGGAACACUCUCCCCACCAAGCCCUGCCCCAGUCCUAGAAUGGGAGAGGAGAGCCACAAAAGCUAUGUUCACAUCAUGCUUGUGAAAACAGUCAGUGGUGGGAUUAUUCUGCCCUGUACUCUGAGUCCUGGCCUGAGGUGGCCGCAGCUUGGCUCCUGGUGGGCUGCCCAUUCUCACAAGGCGUGCAAGUCAGGGAGAGCUGGGGGCUAUUCAUCCCACAUGACCUUCUUCUGCAAUGCCCAAGAGGUCCUGGGAAGAGCCAGCCAUUACUUUCUCCCUGGUUGUAGACAAACAUGCUGGUGAAGACGGUUUCUGCGUUUUUAGCAAUGGGCUGGGAUUCUGGGAAUAGCUGAGGCUUUAGGUCAAGUCUCUUUGAAAUCUCUUGCAAGGUGAACUGGAGCCUCCCAGGUCUGUUUAUGAUCAUGCAUUCUGAAUAAACCUCUAAGCACCAAGGGAUUUCUUCUCGAUUCGCAUUAGCUGGGCGGAAUUUAUUGCCAAGGCUGGAGGGAGCAGUAACCACUAUUGGCGAGAAGUCCAGGAAAACUUGGCCUUUGAAGACUAUCUCAACCACAAACGUGGGGUUGGCCAAGGGAGGGAUCUGCCCUUUCGACUGCCUCCAGUUAUUGGGAUCAGGCAGCAGGGGGGUAAGACCAGGAUAGAGACGAGGGUGUGUGGUUUCUCCACUGGUGGGGCCUCUGACUCAGAGGCUGAUGCCUUUCAGGCUAGGACCAAUGACUUGAGAAAUCUCUCCUUAGUCCCCUCCCCUUGUUCCUGGAGCUUCUUCUAGGGAAUUGAAAUUCCUGCCCUGGGUGAGCUAUGGGUGUAAUAAUAGAGCUGGGGUGGCAGCUUAGGGACCACUGGGGUAGAGGGAGGGAAAUGAGACUUAAGUCACCAGGGGGAACAUGGUUUCAGAUUUAGUAGAUGUUUUUGGUAUUAAAGACAUUUUUAGUGCUUUUUUCUUAUGCCUAACUUUUGUAGAAAAUUUGGAUAACAGAGAUAAACAAAAAUAAUAAAAAUUAGCCCAAAUCCAUCUUCCAGUGAUAACAACUAAUAAUGUCUUAGUGUCUUUUUCUCUGUUGCUCUAUUACCACAUAUAAAGUUGCUGAAAACAAAAAGAAUCACACUCCAAAGUACUGUUUGUGUUUUAUACUUCAUAUGUGUUGAAGACCUAGAGAUUGAUUACAGAGAGGAGUAGGAGAUUGGUGAGUAAUUAAUUACUCAAGGAGCACAGAUCAUUUGUGUUGGCUGAGAAGAUUGCUAAUUAAUUAAUUAAUGUAAUAAAUCUAUGUGCCAUGCCCAGUAGGGUAUCGGGCUAUAGUCAGCCCUAGAUACUUUUCUCAUAUAAUCCUACAAUAAUCCUAUGCACAAAAUUAUCAAAGACAUGAAAUAGUACUCUUUUUGAGGAAGGUGGCUUUUGUAACCCAAUAUUUAAGAAUAGCUUCUCUGAUUGUUUUCAUGCACUGGAUAACUCCAGUCUCAUUUUUUUAAAUGUUUAUUUAUUUAUUUUUGAGAGAGAAAUAGAGAGAAGGAGGGGCAGAGAGAGAGAGGGAGAGAGAAAGAAUCCCAAGAUGGCUCUGCACUGUCAGCACAGAGCCUGAUGCAGGGCUGGAACUCAUCAACAGUGACAUUGAGCUGAAA